AUGGAAAUGCCCGAAGGCCUGAGAAUCAACCAGGAUAUUCAUGCCGAGAAUGCGACCCUUGAUCUGGAGAACAGAGAGCGCCAGGCAGGCCGGGUGAGAGUGAGGGUGGAGGACAGUUGGUUCACUGUGGACCGGGUUUUUCUCGUUAAGUACAGCGACUAUUUCUGUGCUCUUUUUCACUCUGGGAUGAAAGAAAGUCGGCAGGAUGAGCUCUACCUGAAAGGAGGACUGCAUGCAAGAGGUUUCCUCAUUGCCCUUGCAGUCUGCAGGGGGGAGAAUCCCACCAUUAGUGAACCAGAUGAGCUUGUAGAAGCUGUAGAGUGUGCUGCUUUUCUACAAGUUGAAUGCUUGGUCCAGCAUCUUUGUGACAUUAUAGACUCAGAGAACUGCCUCCUGCUUUACCACGCAGCCUCCAUCUUUGGGGUGCAUGCACUGUUUCACAGUGCUGCACUCUUUCUUUGCGAUGCCUUUGAUGAUCUCAAGGAAGCAGCAGAGAGUUCAAUUCCUGAAGAGCUGCUACAAUAUUCUCAAGCAUUGUCCCCUUCUUCUUUUAUUGCUAUGGGUACCCAUUCUCCAUCAAUGGAGCUGCUGCAAGACUCCUUCAGGGUUGUUUGCUACCUUGAUGAAAAAGAGGGAGAGUGGAAGCAUCUGACAGACCUCCCAACUCUUUGUAGCACAUCCUUGGCUGGCGUGGCAGUACUUGACAAUCGCUUAUAUAUUGUUGGGGGGGUUUACAGUUACUUUAAGGACACAGUGGACAGCAGCUUCUGCUACAACCCUGAUUCAGGAGUUUGGACUACUCUCCCAGGUCCACAGCAACCAAGAUAUAAUUUUACCCUGCUUGGGCACGAAGGCCAACUCUAUGCCAUUGGCGGAGAGGCCCAAAGGAGAACAAUUUCCACAGCUGAGACAUAUGAUGUUGUAAAGGGAGAGUGGACAUUUAUAAAGCAUGCACCAAGACCUGUAGCAUCUGCAGCUUGUGCUGUUGCGCGACGACGGAUGUUUGUUUGCUUCUGGAAACCACCAGACACCACCGACAUCUAUGAAUACGUACCUGUGAAAAAUGAGUGGAAGCUCACUACCACAAUGAUUAGACCUCAGAGCUAUGGCCACUGUAUGGUAGCUCACAAGGACAAUUUAUAUGUGAUGCGCAAUGGGCCUUGCGAUGACUUCCUUCGCUGUCUAAUGGAUUGCUAUAAUAUCACAACAGGGCAGUGGACAGCUUUGCAUGGGCAUUAUAUCAACAGCAAGGGAGCUCUGUUCACUGCAAUGAUAAGGGGGGAUUCUGUUUUCACAGUGAAACACAUGCUAACUCUUGUAUAUACCAUCACUGGAAAUGGAUGGAAACCCCACAAGCAGAUGAAUGGAUUUCCAAAGAGUGGUUCACUGUGGACGUGUUUACUCAGGCUUCCCAAGACUGGUCCAGUUAUACCACAGCUGGAUGCAGAAGGCAAGGAAGAAGAAAUGCCUUUGUCAGACAUGUCUGAGGGAUAUGUGGAAGCUAUACCGCACUUGUGA